AUGCCUUCUCUUGAUGAAUUAACUAUCAGUACAAUUAGAGGUUUGUCAGUCGACGCCGUUGCCGCUGCCAACUCCGGUCAUCCAGGUGCCCCAUUGGGUUUAGCUCCUGCUGCCCAUGUUGUUUGGCAAAAAAUGAAGUUCAACCCAAGAGACCCAAACUGGAUCAAUAGAGAUAGAUUUGUUUUAUCCAAUGGUCACGCUUGUGCUUUGUUAUACUCCUUGUUGGUGUUAUACAAAUUUGAUUUAACUGUCGAUGACUUGAAGCAAUUCAGACAAUUGGGCUCUAAAACUCCAGGUCACCCAGAAGCCACUGAUACUGCUGGUGUCGAGGUCACCACCGGUCCAUUGGGUCAAGGUAUUUCAAAUGCUGUUGGUAUUGCUAUUGCUCAAAAACAAUUUGCCGCCACCUACAACAAGCCAGAUAUUACCCUUUCUGACUCUUAUGUCUACACUUUUGUUGGUGAUGGUUGUUUGAUGGAAGGUGUUGCUUCUGAAGCUUCUUCUUUGGCUGGUCACUUGCAAUUGAACAAUUUAAUUGCUUUCUGGGAUGACAACAGAAUCUCCAUUGAUGGUGACACUGCUGUCUCUUUCACUGAAAAUGUCCCAGAAAGAUACAGAGCCUACGGUUGGAAUGUUCUUGAAGUUCCAGAUGCUAACACUAAUAUUGAAGCCAUUGGUGCUGCUGUUGAAGAAGCCAAGAAAUCUACCGAUAAACCAACUUUGAUUAGAUUGGUUACCACCAUUGGUUAUGGUUCCUUGAAACAAGGUUCUCAUGAUGUGCACGGUUCUCCAUUGAAGCCAGAUGAUAUCAAACAAUUGAAGAAAAGCUGGGGCUUCAAGGAAGAUGUUGACUUUUUCAUUCCAGAAGAAGUUUCGGAAUACUUGGCCAAGCACGUGUCUGAAAACCAAAAAGUCCAAAAAGAAUGGGAAGCUAAAUUUGCUCAAUAUAAAGAAAAAUACCCUACUGAAGGUGCUGAAGUCCAAAGAAGAUUGGAUGGUAAAUUACCAGAAGGUUGGAAAGAACACUUGCCAAAAUACACUCCAGCUGAUAAACCAUUGGCUACCAGAAAAUUGUCUGAAAAUGUUAUUAAUGCUUUACAUGGUAAGAUUCCGGAAUUUAUUGGUGGUUCCGCCGAUUUGACCGGUUCCAACUUGACCAGAGCUCAAGGCUCGGUUGAUUUCCAACCACCAUCUACUGGUUUAGGUAGUUACGAUGGUGUUUACAUCAGAUAUGGUGUUAGAGAACAUGGUAUGGGUGCUAUCAUGAAUGGUAUUGCUGCCUUUGGUGCCAACUACAAGAACUACGGUGGUACUUUCUUGAACUUUGUUUCCUACGCUGCUGGUGCUCUUAGAUUAUCAGCUUUGUCCCACCAUCCAGUCAUCUGGGUUGCCACCCACGAUUCCAUUGGUUUGGGUGAAGAUGGUCCAACCCAUCAACCUAUCGAAACUUUGGCUCAUUUCAGAGCUAUUCCAAACUUGUCUGUGUGGAGACCAGCUGAUGGUAACGAAGUUUCUGCUGCCUAUGCUGCUGCCAUUGAGUCUACUUCUCAUCCAUCUGUUAUUGCCUUGACUAGACAAAACUUGCCACAAUUGGAAGGUUCAUCAAUUGAAAACGCCUUGAAAGGUGGUUAUACUCUUGUCAAGAAAGAUAACCCAGAUGUUAUUAUUGUUUCUUCUGGUUCUGAGGUUUCUAUUUCAGUUGCUGCUAGUGAAGAAUUAGCCAAACAAGGGGUUAAUGCCAAUGUUGUUUCCUUACCAGACUUUUUCACCUUUGACAAGCAAUCUGACGAAUAUAGAUUGUCUGUUCUUCCAGAUGGUGUUCCAAUCUUGUCUGUUGAAGUCAUGUCGACCUUUGGAUGGUCUAAAUACUCUCAUGAGCAAUUUGGCUUGAAUAGAUUUGGUGCCUCAGGUAAAGCUGGUGAUUUGUACAAGCACUUUGAAUUUACUCCUGAAGGAAUUGCUGAAAGAGCCCAAAAGACUAUCAAAUAUUACGAAGGUAAACAAUUGUUGUCUCCUUUAGACAGAGCUUUCUAA